AUGACUUCAUAUUUACGAAAAUAUGUAACUGCACUUGCAUCAGCAAAAGAUUAUGUAGCUCAAUGGUCAUCUGAUCAUGUUUAUGCUGAUGAAGAACUUAUUGUACCAUUUCCAACAUUAGCUAGAUUUGAUCCAAAUAAAAAUAUUUGGUCAGUACAUAUUAAAGCUUGGAUAUAUUUACCAAUACAAACGAAACCGUUAACAAGUUAUCUUCCAUCAUUACCAAGUUUUUUAACUGGUAAUAAAAGUGUUGAGCCAAAAAAUGAAGAAAAAGAAACAAAUGAAGAGAAACAAACGAAUGAAGAGAAAAUAGAAGAAUCUAUUAAUAUUAAUGAUGAAAAUAAAACAGACAGAACAGUUUUUAAUGAAAGUGAUGAAAAUAAAGUAACUAAAGCAUCCGAAUCAGAAACUAAUGUUAAAGUUGAUAAAGAUAAAAAAGAUGCAGCUGCUAGUGCUAGUAAAGAAAAUGAUCAAACAAAGAAACAAGAUGGAUCCGGUGAUGAAGGAAUCAAUUCAGAUGAUGAUGAUUUGUAUGAAGACGCUUUGAAAGAAGAAUUUGGUAAACCAAAUGAAAAUCCUGGUCGAUUAGGUUUAUUUUUUGUUGGAAGUUCUGUUAAAGUUACAACGAAAUCAAUUAUAAGUGGUGUUGAACAUUUACUUCAACCAUCAGAUGAAAGUGGUUUUAUUGAAGAAUGUCUUGAACUUACAGAUAAAGAAAUUCAAUCACUUUGUACAACAACUCAUUCCGAUUGUCAAGAUAGAAAAUUUGAAUAUCAAAUACAAAUUGAUGAAACAAAAAAGACAGAUAAAAAAAAAGAAAAAGAUGAUAAUUAUAAAACAUUUCAAUGUACAAUUUAUGCUCUUGCACCUCAUGGUACUAGUAUUAUAUCAGAUAUUGAUGAUACAAUUAAAGUUUCUAAUGUACUUAGUAAAAGAUUAUUAUUAAAACAUACUUUCUAUAGUUAUUUUAAACCGAUUGAGGGUAUAAGUGAUGUUUAUCAAAAAUGGCAUGAACAAAAAUGUCAAUUUCAUUAUGUUAGUGCCAGUCCAUGGCAAUUGUAUCCUGCUCUUAGUUGUUUUUUGGCAAAACAUAACUUUCCAAUGGGAACUAUGAAUCUAAGAAAAUUUGCAUGGAAUAUGAAAUUUUUUAAGCCAGCUGAUACAUAUAAAAUUGAAACGAUUACAGAAAUAAUUGAUUCAUAUCCAUUAAGAAAAUAUAUUUGUGUUGGUGAUUCAGGUGAACUUGAUCCUGAAAUUUAUUCAAAAUUAUACAUAAAAUAUCCUGAAUCAAUUGUUCAUAUAUUUAUUCGUGAUAUUUGUCGAAUGCCUGUAUGUGCACCAUCAUGUGAAGAAAGAUAUAAAAAAGCAUUUGAAAAUAUACCAAAAGAACGUUGGACAAUAUUUAAAGAUUCAAAAGAAAUCGAAACGGAUGUUAACAAAUUACUUUCUGCGUAG